ACGAAACGCGUGUUUAAUAUUGAUACACGCGAGAGCUUCUCGCGUCUUUCCCCUCUCCGGAAACUUUUUUUUUGCGGGUACAAACGACGGAUACUAACUCCCACGAGGUACUUUCGUGGAAUUUCCCCGUGAUGCAGCGGCUGCCCUCUCUCUCGCCUCUGUCUCUUUCCCUCCCGGCGGAGUCGCCGAUUUCUCCCCGGCGUUCACCCACCGCUACUCCUCCGUCGGAUUUCCCUCGCGUCUCAGCCCAGUUGGAGAAAAAAAUCGGGGCAAAUCCUUAAUCGAAGGAGGGACAUCAGCACUUUCGCCGUUUCCCAUCGCCUUCCGUCGACGUCACGGAGGAGUGCUCCGCUUCCCGUCGCGCCAUCGCCAGACAACUCUACACCUAAGCUAAGUCCUCCUUCUUAGUUCAUAUUAAUUAGCCCUCUUGAAAGAUAGUAGCUUUAGAGGAUUCUACUUUAUUGUUGGGGUGUAAUUGAAAUCGGUGGAGGGACUUGUUCCUUGUGUUCAAGCACAAUUUCGAUAUCUAGCGUCCUAUGUUCUCAAACACGGCAGUAGCUGUAAUCAAAGCUCUAUGGUUCUCUAAAUUUUAUCCUAUACUCUAAACCUGAUGCAAAAGGGUGAGGGUAUGGUGGUUUUUUUGUUACCUCUUGAAGUAAUUGCUGAUUCCUUUCCUCUGGCCAUAACUUCACGGCUUGCCCACUCGUCCCUCUGGUUCCUUCUAUGGGAGCAGGGCUGCCCUUGCAAGAAGCUUCCUGCUGUGAAGAACCUCACUCACUCACUACACUUUCAAGCUUGGGGAGAUGCAAGAGGUAGCAGGCUUCUGGUAACAGGGGAAUGGGUGCAGGUUGACCUGCCUUUUUAUUACAAGGGGGAAGAGUCCCAUUUGGAUGUCCCAGGAGAGAGGGAUGGUUGCCUCGGUUGGGUGAGGCUGUGGGGAGACUCCCAGGGCAGAUUUCUAGUUUGGGGUAGGCACACCAGCUCUACCAAGUCAAAAGAGCUACUGCCUUUGCAGAGCGAUUAAAUAUGAUUUAGUAUAGCUUCAAGGUUAAGCACCAAUGACUGAACAAAGACAUAGGCGAGGUGGUCGUGGCGUUCGUGGUAAAGGACAAGGAGAGGUUCCCCUGGCGAAGAUGACUUCUGACAAUGUCAUCUACAUGUUGCAGAGAAUGAUGAAUUGAGGAGACAAAUUCAACAACUUCAACAACACCUUGUACGUCUGCAGAGUUUGCUAUCAAAUAUUUCAAUUCUGUGCCGCAAACUAAUGAGGACAUUGACAUCAAUAAUCUUUUAGUGCAAGACUCAAGAUGAAGUCUUUUCCAAAAAGGGAGAAUGAUGCAAGUGUGACUGUGUGAGGUCUCUUCUGAUAAAGAUGAAGAUGAAGACUUGCAGUGAAAGUUUAUCUUUAGAUUGUUUUCUAGUUUUUGGAUUUUAUUGUAGUAAGUUUAUUUUAGUUAUAUUCUACUCUCUCCGUCCA